UCUUCAUCCGACUCCAUUAAUUAAAUACUAUUAUUAACAUUUCUUAAUUGACUUUUUUUUUUUUUUUUUUUUUUUUGUUUUGAGUUAUCGAUCGCCCAUGGCAAUUCCAGUGAUUGAUUUCUCGAAGCUCCAAGGAGAGUCAGAGGAGAGGGCCAAGACACUGGCGGAGAUUCAUGCCUGCUGUGUCCACUGGGGCUUCUUCCAGCUGAUCAACCAUGGCAUACCUGAGGAGCUCCUGGAGAUGGUGAAGAAAGUGACCUCGGAAUGCUUCAAGCUGGAAAGAGAGGCGCUUUUCGAGGAGGCAAUGCAGCAGCAGCAGCUGCUCCUGCAGAAUGGAGCUGCAGAUGAGAACAACAACAGCUACAGCUUUGAUUGGGAAGAUGUUUUCCUGCUGUCAGAUGACAAUGUCGAUCAGUGGCCUUCAAAGACCUCUGCUUUCAGGGAAACAAUGAAGGAGUUCAGAGGCGAAUUGAAGAAACUGGCGAUCAAAGUGAUGGAGGCAAUGGAUGAAAACUUGGGCCUUCCAAAGGGGUACAUAAACAAGGCCUUCAGUGAAGACGCCGCCUUCUUCGGCACCAAGGUGAGCCACUACCCGCCCUGCCCCGCGCCGGAGAAAAUGAUCGGCCUCCGGGCCCACACGGACGCCGGCGGUGUCAUCCUCCUCUUCCAGGACGAUGAGGUGAAGGGCCUCCAGAUCCUGAAAGAUGGGGCCUGGAUGGACGUGCAGCCCCUCAAGAACGCCAUCGUCAUCAACACCGGGGAUCAGAUCGAAGUGCUGAGCAACGGGCUGUACAAGAGCGUGUGGCACCGCGUUCUCGCCCUCCCCGAUGGCAACAGAAGAUCCAUUGCCUCCUUCUACAAUCCUUCCCACAAUGCCAUCAUCCAGCCUGCGCAGCAGCUGCUGAGCCUGAGAGAGGAAGUGGAAGACGAAGGGGAUUCAGUCAAGAUCAAGUAUCCCAAGUUCUUGUUCGGCGACUACAUGUCAGUUUAUGCCCACCAGAAAUUCUCGCCAAAAGAGCCGAGGUUUCAGGCUGUGAAGACACUCAACUGAUCAUGUCAUUAUCAUA